AUGAAAAGUAAUUUUCCAUAAGACCAAAUAGAUUUUUUUCCUUUUGGAGAAUUUAGCAGUACAAUCUAGAAAUCCUUAUCUGAUGGAUCAUUUUAUUUUGCAUUAUCAGUUAGCUUUAGUUUCUUAGUUUUAGUUCUUCUGUGUUAUAUUUAUAAGGCUUAUCUUUACAAAAAGAAAGGUUAUUUAAAGGUGGAGAAAAACUAACUAAAAUAUCUAUUUAGAAAUUCUAAAUCUAAUAGCAAGGGAGGAUAGCACAAUAGGAGACUACUCUCUUUAAUGACAGAUGAAGGUGAAGAUGAAAAAGAUGAGCAUUUUUAGCAGAAUAAAAUGAAAUCUAAAAAUAUUAGAAAUAAAUAACUAUCAAAUUCUAAGAUAAAUCACAAGAGUUAAAUGGUAGCAUUAAAAAAGCCUUUAAGUUUUUAAAAUGAAAUGAACUUUAUUUGCUCUAAGAAUGAAGUAACUAUUUGUGAACAGCGUGCCAAAAAUUUGGUUUAGUCUUCAAAUUAAGAUAAUGUCUAAAAUAUAAAUGUUGUAUCUUAAAUUUGUAAUUAGGAGUAUUAGAUGUCUAAAAGCGGUCCUUUUCUAAAUGAUCAAUAAAGUAAUAUAGUCACUGCUUUAGCCAGCCCUUCGAAAAAUAAUAGCGAAAAACAGCAAAUGCUCUUUGGAUAAUAAAAUAAUGCUGAAUUGAAUAAUUAGGCAGAAGGUAAUUUUAGAUCGAGAUCAUCUUCAGUUGCAAAUAGUUUUAGUUCUGCACCACGCUCUCACAGAUUUUAAUCUACUGCUGAUACAGCUUCGAUAACUCCCUAGUCUGUGAAUUGCUCCUAAUCUCAACCCCAAUCUAUUAAUCAAAAGUUAAUCGAUUCUUUUACAAACAUAGUUGUUGUUUAGGAAAAAAGUAAUCCUAGUACUGUAAAAUAGUAUUCUAAUUUCAAAGAAAUUGAGAACAAUUAACUUAAAUCUUUAACAGACUAACUCCAAAAAAGCAAUGAAAACCACUUAUUAUCUAAUUAAAAAAUAAAAUCUCAAACAAUCUAAAAAGAAAAAGCAGUAGCUAAGAAAAAUUAAGAUUUUAUGGCUGACCUUGAGAAAUAAAUGUAAAAGUAAGAAAAAAAUGCUCUCGAAUUAUCUUUUGACAAAAUUGUAAUUCAUAAAGAAACAAAUUUUUGUCAGAGACUAACAAAAAACUGGAUUAGACUAUUUUAAAAUCAUUGCAUCAUAUUUAACACUUUUAAAGAAGAUAUGAUUGUCUUUCCUAGAUAACUAAAAGUUCUUUUAAUUUGCCUCUUUGUCAACUUGAAAUUCUUCACUGGAAGCUUAAUUUAAAUAUAUUUCUUCAACAAGGAAGUUGAAAGACUGUAGUAUAAAUACAUGUACAGAUCAGACCAUAUAAUGAAUCUUGAGAAAAUACUCCCAAAAGAUGAUAUAGCAUCAAUAACUUUUGAAAUAAUUGUUAAUGCAGGAAUAACUAUUCUACUUACAUUAUUAAUCUGCAUAUUAUGCCAAGCAGCGAAAGCAGAAAAAGACAUCAUAUAUAUUAAUUACAACAAUUAGUAAUUACUAAACAACAUAAAAGUUAUUUAAGGUAUAUAAUCAUACAAACUUUUUGUGGGACUUAUCGUUUCCUUCGCUCUUGGUUCUUUGACUUUCUUAUAAUAUAUUUCAGUUAUUCAAUUAAUUAAAUUUGAGUUUGUUAAGAGAUGGCUAGCGAUUGAUGCCUUAGUAUUCUUAUUUUAUUUUUGCUUUUUUGAUCUUUUCUAUCUAACUCUACUCUCUUUAAUCAAAGCUGCUUCAAAGACAUCAGCAAGAUGUCACUUACUACAUAGAUAUCUUAUCAAAAAGCUCUCAUGGUGGUAAGUUUGA